UCUCACUCCUCUUCCCGCGUGCGUCUUCCCUCUCCCCGUGUGUGACGUGUGUGUUUUAGUGCGCCCGUGGAGUAUGACGCGGACGGCGGACGUCACUAUCGCCGAUAGCCCGGCGGCUAUCGGUGCCGUGUCGCGGCGGCCGGGGAGCGCGCUGUGCCGGGCGGCGGGCGGACCGGGGCGGCGCGCGCGUCAGUCAGGAUGCGGGUGUCGUGGCGGCGGCUGACGCUCGGCGUCAGUCUGCUGGCGGGCGCUCUGGUGUUCCUCGCGCUGACAGAAACAGAGACCGUGCACCGGCGCAGGGCGGCCAGGAGCAGGGUGACGGCGCCGGUGGUGACGACGACCACGACCGAACGGCAGGCGCCAGGUCCCGAGUACGUGGCGGUGGGCUCUCUGACGCAGGAAGAGAAUGGCUCGCGGUUCGAUAUCCCGCCCGGGGUCGAGCCGUACCCGUGGCACUUUUUCGAGCUGUCCCGCUGGCGACGUCAGGUGAUCGAGCCGGGCGCCACCAAGGUGCAGCGCGCACCCCGCGACGGGCCCGAGACGUUCGAGCUGCUGACCGUGGUGAACGCCUCGCUGGCCGAGCUGCGACGUCGCACCGGCGACACGAGCUUCACGCGCUCGGACGCGCUCGGAGGUCGCUACCGCUUCUUGCCGGGCGCCGGAGUGCAGUAUGAGCUCUACUUUCGCACGCGCGACUCGGGUCCGACGGGCUUCCACACAGUGCGCGUGACCCGGCCCCUAGCGCUGCCGCGAGUGCAGUACGGCGGCAGCGGGGGCUACGAGGUGGUCAACAUCAUCCUGCCGUACUUCAACCGGCUGCACACGCUCCGCCAGUUCCUCGGCAGGUUCGCCAAGUUGGUGGAGAAGCGGGAGCAGGUGGUGUUGACUAUCGUCCGGUACAUGGACGGCUUUCCGCCCAUGAGUGCCGACCAGGCGCGCAAAGACCGCGACGGAGUCUCUGCACUCGUCAGCGAGAUCAACAUGCGCUUGUCCAGCGUCAGUGCAGUGCCCAGGGUGCGUCUGAUCGAGAAGUCGGGGGUCUUCUCGCGUGGCGCAGCGCUCAUGGAGGGCGCGCGCGCGUGGGACACCACCGAUGACGUGCUGCUAUUCCUCUGCGAUGUGGACAUGCUGUUCGGAGAGAGUUUCCUGCAGAGGUGUCGUACAAACACCAAGCCAGGCCACCAGGCCUACUUCCCCAUAGUCUUCAACACAUACAACCCGCAUAUCGUCUUCGACGUCAUCAAAAAGAAGAUGGUCCCGAUUCUGACAAGCUACGAAAAGAAAACGCUCAUUGAUCGCGAGAAGGGCUACUGGAUUGACUUUGGGUUCGGCAUGAGCUGUCAGUACCGAUCUGACUUUACCCGACUGACUGGCAACUUCUUCAACAUCUCCGGCUGGGGCCUGGAGGAUGUCCGGUUAUACCAACAGUUCACCAAGAGCAGUGUGGAGAUUGUGCGCAUGCCCGACCCGGACUUGGUGCACGUCUACCACAAGAAACAGUGCAACAAGACUGAGGUCGGCAAACGCUUCAACUCCUGCCUGAAGUCGAAGGCGAUGAACGAGGCCUCCCAGCUCGGCUGGGGCCUGUGGGUGUACAAACACAUGGGCGACACAGACGAUAUUGAGGAGUUCCUCAAAGUGUUCCGCGCCGGACCGCCGCAGAGGGACAGCGGCCGGUAGCGCCGACUGCCGUCACAUUGUUGCGUAGUGACUGUUUUGACUGUGAUGUCCGACAACAUCGAACACUGCCCACCGGUGUGCUUGAACUAUAGCCGGAUUUUUAUACCUGUCUGGUCGUUUUAAGUGCACUUAUGAUGAAUACGGCACGAGACGAGCGAUAGGAAUGAAUAGGAGGUCAAUAACUAAAACCAAGAUAUUUUCGGCUGACCAGCGUCGUGUUAAAGCUACUGAGGCUUCGCGUGUGGUUUUCACGAAAGUGCUUAAAAAGAUUAGACAGGCUUAACAAAUCGGACUAUAACUACUUGACGCUAGGCUCAUCAUAUUGAUCCCGCAGUGAAGUGCCCGGAAGAACGUUAACUCUGAAGUCAAGCCCCUUCGGAGAGUGCCAGUGCUCACUGAUGUGUUUGCGGGCAUCAUGGCGCGGCGCUCGUUACGCGGGCAGCGGAUUUGCUCCAAGUGACGCCGCUAUCACAUUUGGUGAGCACACGAGCUGUGUUUGACUUAGAUAGUGUUUGUGCGGUGACGGAAUAUCUGCGGGCUGCACUGUGCUGAGAGUUUUGUCAUCUGGCGUACCAGGAAUAAGCGUGGAUUCUCUUCUCACUAACUGGGAGCGAUAUGGACUCGUUACAAGUUAAUAUUUGCUCCUGGGUCUGCUGUCAGAUAACAUUUCCCCGCGCGUGAAAAUGUAUGUCUCAAUAUUGCGUUAGCACUGCAAUAUUGUGUUCGCACUGUCUUGAACCAAUUGAAGAAAGUGUUUCAUACGGGUGUAUAUACAAUAUAUAUUGAGUCAUGUUAUGA